UAAUGAAUAAACUGGAAAAGAGUGCACCAGCAGCUGAGAGGAAGGAAGAGGUGAAGGACAAGAGGAAGAUGGUGAGGAAGCUGUACCCCAACUCUGAUCUGUUCAAGAAGUGGGGUGACGAUCUGUCGGAGGAGGAGCAGAAGGAAGCUGAGCAGUUGUUUCAGAGAUAUGGAUACAACGCCUUCCUCAGUGACAGGCUGCCCCUCAACAGAGAGAUUCCCGACACCAGGCCUCCAAGGUGUGCUGUGAAAAAUUAUCUGAAGGAUCUGCCGACCAUCAGUGUUGUGUUAAUCUAUUUGGAUGAAGCUCUUUCAAUCAUUAAAAGAGCCAUACGCAGCAUUGUGGACAAGACACCAGCUCGGCUGCUGCAAGAAAUCAUCCUGGUGGACGAUCACAGCAGCAACGAGGACUUAAUGGAGAAGCUGGAUGAUUACAUCAGCUUUAUCCAUGAGGAUCGUCCAGGCCUGGUGAAGAAAGUGCGGCACUCUGAGCAGCUGGGCCUCACCCAGGCCAGACUGUCGGGCUGGAAGGCAGCUGAGGGAGAGGUGAUUGCAAUCUUAGACGCUCACAUAGAAGUCCACGUCCAAUGGGCAGAGCCUUUACUGGCUCGGAUUAAGGAGGACCGGACCGUGAUACUGACGCCUGUUUUUGACAAAGUCAAAUACGAUGACCUGACACUGAGUCCCUACAAUACUGCAUCUCAUGGCUUUGACUGGGCAAUGUGGUGCAUGUACGAGUCCUUCAGACCUGAGUGGUAUGCCCUGAAUGAUGAGACGCAGCCUGGCAAGAGCCCCUCUGUCAUGGGGAUACUUGUGGCUGAUUGCAAGUUCUUCGGAGAGAUUGGAAGCCUUGAUGGUGGAAUGAAAAUAUACGGUGGGGAAAAUGUGGAGCUGGGCAUCCGGGUGUGGCUGUGUGGAGGAAGCAUUGAAGUUGUGCCUUGCUCUAAAAUUGCCCACAUUGAACGAGCAGUAAAGCCUUACCUCCCAGACUUGAGUGUCACGAUGAAGCGUAAUGCACUGAGGGUAGCAGAGGUGUGGCUAGAUGAAUACAAAUACAAUGUCAACAUUGCUUGGAAUCUUCCCCUUGAGGUUAGAAGAGAGGGCACCUUCCAAUGGAUUUGUCUGCUGGAUACACAUUGUGUGCUCUUUCUAAUAAAAGCUGCUCCAGUUUAUUUAUGCUUUUGUUGGCAGAUGAUAAAUGAUCUGAAGCCAGAACUCUGUGUUGACCAAGGCCCGAUGCCAGGAAACACACCCAUCUUGUAUGGAUGCCACUUCUAUUCGACUCAACACUGUUUUUAUCGCUCUGAUGGACAACUCUACAUUGGCGGGAUCAAAUCUCAUAAGUACAACAGCAACCGCUGUCUAGUGGACCCUUUCAGUGGACUCUACCCGGGGCUGUAUAACUGCAAAAUAGCCAAACAGAAAGACUUUAACAUGCUGUGGGAUUUUAAACAGCCAAAGGACUGUUGA